UGUAAACCUUAGAACCCAGCUGUUGCCAGGGCAACGGGGCAAUACCUGUCUCUCCAGAGGAGAUGAAGUUGCCAGGGUAACUGCAUCCUGUCUUUCCCGGGGACCAUCCCGGAAUGCGGCACCCACUGGCAGUUACCAUGGCAACUGCCUUUUUGCCCCACUUAAUCCCAUCCCGUCUGCUACAAGGGCCCCACAGUUGGAGGUGGGGGAGGUGGGAAGAGAGAAGAUCACUUGUGGACUAAGUUUGUUCUCUUCCCCCUCCCCCAACCCCUCUCUUGGCCCAUCACCCUGGGGGUGCUGUGUCCAUCCGCCCCCCGGCCCACACAGGCCUGCAGUACUGUGUUCGGCAGGGCCAGGCGUCCGGGAGCAGGUUUUCGCAGUGGAAGGCAGGCAGGUGUUGGGGAGGCAGUUACCGGGGCAACGGGAACAGGGCGUUUCGGAGGUGGUUGCCAUGGGGACCUGGAUGCUGACGAAGGCUCGCGAGGCUGUGAGCAGCCACAGUGCCCUGCUCAGAAGCCCCGGGCUCGUCAGGCAAGCCGGUUCUCUGUUUGCACUCGGCAGCACGGGCAGGCGAGUGGCCCCGAGUUCCAGGAGCAGAGCAGCAGUGCCUCAGUCCUGGUCCCCCAGCUCCGAGCCUCGCCUGCCCGCCCAGCACCAGGAUGGCCACCAUCACCUGCACCCGCUUCACAGAAGAGUACCAGCUCUUCGAGGAACUAGGAAAGGGCGCCUUCUCGGUGGUGCGCAGGUGUGUGAAGGUGCUGGCCGGCCAGGAGUACGCUGCCAAGAUCAUCAACACCAAGAAGCUCUCAGCCAGAGACCAUCAGAAGCUGGAGCGUGAAGCCCGCAUCUGCCGCCUGCUGAAGCACCCCAACAUCGUCCGACUCCACGACAGCAUCUCGGAGGAGGGACACCACUACCUGAUCUUUGACCUGGUCACCGGUGGGGAGCUGUUCGAAGACAUCGUGGCCCGGGAGUAUUACAGCGAGGCGGAUGCCAGUCACUGUAUCCAGCAGAUCCUGGAGGCUGUGCUGCACUGCCACCAGAUGGGGGUGGUGCACCGGGACCUGAAGCCGGAGAAUCUGCUGCUGGCCUCCAAGCUCAAGGGUGCCGCAGUGAAGCUGGCGGACUUCGGCCUGGCCAUCGAGGUGGAAGGAGAGCAGCAGGCAUGGUUCGGCUUUGCAGGGACACCUGGGUACCUCUCCCCGGAAGUGCUGCGGAAGGACCCGUACGGGAAGCCCGUGGACCUGUGGGCCUGCGGGGUCAUCCUGUAUAUCCUGCUGGUUGGGUACCCCCCGUUCUGGGAUGAGGACCAGCACCGCCUGUACCAGCAGAUCAAAGCCGGUGCCUAUGAUUUCCCGUCGCCAGAAUGGGACACCGUCACCCCGGAAGCCAAGGAUCUGAUCAACAAGAUGCUGACCAUCAACCCGUCCAAACGCAUCACAGCCGCCGAGGCCCUUAAGCACCCCUGGAUCUCGCACCGCUCCACCGUGGCCUCCUGCAUGCACAGACAGGAGACCGUGGACUGCCUGAAGAAGUUCAACGCCAGGAGAAAACUGAAGGGAGCCAUUCUCACCACAAUGCUGGCCACCAGGAACUUCUCUGGGGGGAAGAGUGGAGGAAACAAGAAGAACGAUGGUGUGAAGAAAAGAAAGUCCAGUUCCAGCGUUCAGUUAAUGGAAUCUUCCGAGAGCACCAACACCACCAUUGAGGACGAAGACACCAAAGUGCGGAAACAGGAAAUUAUAAAAGUGACAGAGCAGCUGAUCGAAGCCAUAAGCAAUGGAGAUUUUGAGUCCUACACGAAGAUGUGCGACCCUGGCAUGACAGCCUUUGAACCCGAGGCCCUGGGGAACCUGGUCGAGGGUCUGGACUUCCAUCGAUUCUAUUUUGAAAACCUGUGGUCCCGGAACAGCAAGCCCGUGCACACCACCAUCCUGAACCCCCACAUCCACCUGAUGGGUGACGAGUCGGCCUGCAUCGCCUACAUCCGCAUCACGCAGUACCUGGACGCCAGCGGCAUCCCCCGCACCGCCCAGUCCGAGGAGACCCGCGUGUGGCACCGCCGGGACGGCAAAUGGCAGAUCGUCCACUUCCACAGAUCCGGGGCGCCCUCCGUCCUGCCCCACUGAAGCCCCAGGCCGGGGCCACUGCGUUGCUGUGCCGCGGAGACCCACUCUUUGUCCGUGGAAUGUGGCUGCUGGUUCUCCCACUUGGAUGUGGCUGGAAUUCCCCCGUCGUGUCCCCCCCACCACCGUCAGCUCUGUACCCGCAUCGAGAAAACCUGCUUGUUCAGAAAAGCCAUCACAACUUCAAAGCAAAUGGCCAAAUUUCCCACCCCCUACCUCUCGCUCUCCUCUCUCUCCCCUGCCAGGCCGGGGCCUCCUGGGGCCUGGGUGCCGGCCCCUCCUCCUCCGCUGCUGCAGGCUGGAGUGCCAGCCGCUGGGGAGAAGGAGGGGCGAGGGGGCGAGGAGCAGGGUGUCCACCCGUCCCUCUCACGGCUCUCUCCUCUUCUGGGGUCCCCCAAGGAAGGGUAGGUGAACCCCCAGCCCCCCGAGGGAGAGGGUGAGAGAGGAGCAGACGCCAGGAGCCUCCUGCCUCAAACGGCUUCCCCCUCCUGUGCUGGCCUCACGGUGGUCCGCAGACCCUUCCCUCAGCGUGGGGGGCGCCCCCCUCUCAGGGGCCCCGCUGCUUCCUCCCGGUGAAGUCCUUCUCCAGCAGUUAGCCUGCCCGCCCUGCCCUUCUGUCACCCCGAGAAUUCCAGCUUCGUCUUAUCUCAGAGAGGAAAUCUCAUUGUCUGGCGGGGGCAAAAGAAAGCAACUUAGGUGUCACUUCUACUCGGACCGCAUGCCUUUUUAUAGCCAAACUCCUGUGUAUUUCGUAAACGAAUUUCUUGUUAAUGGAUAUUUAUGUAAUAACUAGACCUCUCAAAUUAUUGUGAGAACGGUUGGGCUCGGAAGCGGGGUAGGAAGAGGGGUGAGGGGUGGUUUUUUUCUGUUCUAGAUUAUUUCUUUUGUUUGUUUGGUCAUCUCUGAGGUGGACCUUGUCACCUGUGGUUAUCUGGGGCCCAGGUGGACUCGGCCCCAGGGAGAAGGGCCUCUCUGCCAUUUCGGCGCCAAGGUAAGCUGACGCAGGCGUUCCUUUCGGGACUGUGGAAGCAUCAGAUGGCAGCACCGGCCAGGAAACAGCAAGGCAGGGCAGAGAGGCGGAAGGAGCCUGUCGGGAUGGAAACAUCUGGACUUUUCUUUGCUUCCCUCCCACGCUGGGGACCUCACUACCGCACUUCCCAGGAUCUCAUGUCACCUUAUCUGUGUGCCGCCCCCAACGCCCCCGCCCACCUCUAGGGGGCCCGUGAGCAUUUGUCUUCAUCGCCUCUCUCCCCGUGGCAUCGGGUGGCUGAAGCAGAACACUGGGAUUUCUACUCCUCACGCCUCAUCCCUCGGCCUCGGGUUUGCACUCUCUCUCUUUCUUUUCCUCUCGCCCUCUUCCCCUGGGAUUGACUCUGAUGUGGAAUACCUUGGCACAUCCACUAGGAUCUACUGUCUGCACUGUUUUCUUUGCAUGACUUUAUAUGCAGUAAGUAUGUUGAAAAAAAAAAAAACAAAAAGAAGAAAAACACUCAACAAAACCAAUCUACAUGUUUUGAACAAAAAGAAAAAAAAUAGAGGUUGUAUUCUCAGUGUCCAACUCGGAAUUAUGUUGCUGCCUCUCUGUGCUUUUGGCCUCUGUGUGGCCGUGUUUUGCCAGCAUGAGAUACUGUCUCCUCUGGAGGAUUUUAGGGGAGGAAGAGCCACAUCCCCGGGGAUUUGGAGGAGGCUCUGGUACCCCCAACCCUCCUGGGUGUUCUUGGUUGGAGCAGAACCGGUGAGGAUGUUUGAUCCAGGACUUUCUGAGUUUUCCCCGAUCAUGAGCUGUCUGCUGGGCUCAAGUCCCGCUGCCCGGACCCCGUUGAGACGGGCUGGGUGGGGGCUACAGGCCAGGAAAGAAGCUGUCCUGGCCUCCUGGUUUCCAAGCUGGUCCAUCACUGGCCUCUGUUCUCGGCUCAGACCUUGCCCAGAGGGCUUCCCAGGAAGGCCCAGUGAUCCCAUUGUACCAGCAGCAAAACCACCUGUCCCCCUCAUGAGCUGCCAGUUCCCUACAGCCAUCCCUGGCCAAAGGUGAAGGCGCCUUCGCCAGGGGAUGCUAAAAUCACCGAGGCAAGGUCUGAGCCCUUCUUUAGCCUCAGUUUCCCCAUCGGUUAAAAGGGUUAAAUGCUCUGAUCUGGCCGAUGGAGGAUCAGACCUAGGGUGAUGCGAAGCCCAAUGUACCUGUGAGAACUAGCGGGCUUAGCCCCCGGCAGGACUCCUCCUGUUUACUUCUGGACCUGGCCAGUCUCCCUCCCCUCUCCCACCUGCCCUUCAUCCCCCUCUUUGGUGCCUGUCAACUGCUUAUCAGCAGUGGACUGCAGGGGAGAGAGAGCAGUAGUUUGGGGGUUAGCAGGCUUCAAUUCCCAGCUCUGACCACACCUGCUGUGUAACCUUGGGCAAGUCCUCUCCCCUCUCUGGGCCUUGGUUUCCCAAGCAGAGGAAACUGAGCUGGAGGACGCCAAGGUCCUGCCUUUCAUUGGCUGACACACCUCCGGUCCACCGUGCCCCUCUCCAAGUGCUGGAGAAGUGGAGGCACGUCCCUACCCCAGGUUCCGAUGGCCCCCACUGGGAAGGCCGCGCCUGUGGGUGGGCAGCGCCCUGGUGCAGAUCACAGGGCACCAGGGCUGAUCCUGAGGCAGCAGGCAGGGGACACUGGCAGAAAAAGCUGCCCAGAGCCCACCCUCAGCAGACAAACUCCGUGCUCCUGCAAACAUCCUGUAGAUGCAAAAAAAUCCAAACCCAAGUCAAAACCUAGGCUCCAGCAUGCAAGUUCGUUUACAGGAAAGCAUUCUCCCGGGUUUGUGCCCACCACAGUGCAAACCCUGACCUGUGGCCUCCUGUCUCCCUUCAAAGGGAGACCCUUUGGGGGGAUGUGUUCGCCAGACUCCCCAUGCUGGUUUCUUUGUUACUAUUUGUUUGGGGUUUUGUUUCAGUUCUUUUUCUUUUCUUUUCCUUUUUUAAAAAUAUGUGGCUGUGAACUUGAAUGACCACUGCUCAAACUUUCUGCUAUUGGGGGAGGGGGGCGGGAAGGGAAGAAGGGGCGUCUGUUUUAUUCCUGGUGUUUUCAGUGCAAUAAAUAGCUACAAACUUCUGUGCA